AUGCCCCCACAACAGAAGCAAAGAAAGAUGGCCGUCGUUGGCAGCAGAUCAGUGGGCAAGAGUUCGCUCACUGUUCAGUUCGUUGAUGGCCACUUUGUCGACUCGUACUACCCUACGAUCGAGAAUACCUUCUCCAAGGUCAUCAAGCACAAGAACCAAGACUUCGCUGUAGAGAUCAUCGACACUGCAGGACAGGACGAAUACACAAUCCUCAACAGCAAGCACUUCAUUGGCAUCCACGGAUAUAUGAUUGUUUACAGCGUCGGCAGCAAGCAGAGUUUCGAGAUGGUCAGGAUUAUCCGCGAUAAGAUCUUGAACCACAUGGGUGCUGAGUCAAUCCCAUUGAUCAUCGUCGGAAACAAGUCUGAUCUUCGCCCCGAGCAACGUCAAGUCAAGGCUGAGGAUGGUCGCAAGCUGGCUGAGGAGCUCGGCUGUGGCUGGACAGAAGCAAGUGCCAGAUUCAACGAGAACGUCGGCAAGGCCUUUGAAGGCAUGGUUGCCGAGAUCGAGAAGGGCCAGGAAGCUGGUCAGCCCAAGGAGGGCAAGAAUUGUAAUGUCAUGUAA